AAUUUUAGCAUGGCUUUUUAUAACUCUUCCUUUAUUAUACUUUUCCUAAUAUAUUUAUUUGUUGCUGUCAAUGCUUACAAAUUGAAUCCAGGACCUUAUGUAGGCAAUGACAGUCUAACUUUGGAUCCUUGCUUAUCGAAGUGUUCUUCAAAUGAUACUAUCAACGAUUGCAACCACAAGUGUCAUUGUGCCGUUCAAGAAACGGUGAUGAUUGACGCAACAGCCAAACAACAAAAGUUUCAUGGCUUUGGUAUCAAUCUGGCUUGGUUUGCCUUUGUUAUGGGAAGAGCACCUGAAUCUGUUAGGAACCAAAUAGCCGAUUUGCUAUUUGAUAAGGAGAAUGGCCUUGGCUUAAAUGUAGUACGCUAUGAAAUCCCAGGAGGAGAGAAUCCAAAAUUCUUCUUCAUGAAUGAAAGAGAAAGACUUCCAGGCUAUGAGCCUGUACCAGGUGUCUAUGAUUGGUCAGCAGAUGAGUCACAGCGAUGGUUCCUUACAGCAGCAAUACAACGUGGAGUUGCAAUUCAAGAGGCCAUGGCUUAUUCUCCUCCUUAUUGGAUGACUUAUAGCGGCUCUACCACAGGAGGCCCAAAGGGUUAUCCAAAUUUCAAUAUUAAUUACAAAGACCAAUUUGUUGAUUAUUUGGUUACAGUUGUGAAACAUUUUUAUGAACAUUUUAAUGUUACUUUUUCUACGUUAGAAAUGUUCAAUGAGCCGUUGGCUGACUAUUGGACCUUUGGCAACCGUCAAGAAGGAUGUCAUAUUGGAUUGGAUACCCAACAAAUUCUAAUCCCCAUUUUGCACAAAAAACUACAAGAAGCAAAUAUUCCCACAAAAAUUGCAGCGGCAGAUGACUAUUCUAUUGAUCAGACUUUGUUUACUGUCCUUGCUUACAACAAAAUGGGCAUCAUUAGAGACCUUCACCAAGUCAAUACCCAUACUUAUGCUGGUAAUCGACGAGCUCAACUUCAUGAGGCAAUGCUUGAUGUCAAAAAACCAUUAUGGGUUUCCGAGUAUGGUAAUGGAGACAAUUCAGGAUUGCUUACUGCAAGGCAUAUAAUGAAAGACAUUCAAAAGUUGGAACCUGAAGUUUGGUGUUAUUGGCAAGGUGUUGAUAUGGCCGGCUCUGGAUGGGGCCCAUUGGAAGCACAUUUAGACACCGUGGGUGAUUACACAUUCUAUGCAACUCCAAAAUAUUAUACUUUUGGACAAUUUACUCGAUUUCUAAAACCUGGUUCAACUUUUGUUUCAACCAGCGAUCCUUUAACUUUAGCAGCUGUUCGUGAUGACACUCUCACUUUGGUAACUAUGAACUGCGGAAACGUUACCUUUGAUGUGUCUUCAUUCAGCAAUUUGAAAUACCAAGAAGCUCAAGUAUGGUACAGUGUUCCUUGGAAAGGGUUGUACUUUGAUAAAGUCGGAACGUUUUUAGUGGAAGAUGGAAAGGUCACUCUCAAUCUUCCAGUCGCAGGGGUUUCUUCUAUAGUUAUUCAGUAAUUUCAUCUAUAAUAUUUGUUGAAUUAAAUUUGUUUGUUUUUUC